AUGGAGGACAAAAUUCUUAGGACAAUUAACACGAUCUGCCUUAAUUUUUCCCACUUUCCCCCUCGCCCCCAAAGCAAUGUUGUUGUUUGUGCACCCCUGUACACUCUACCCUGUCCUAAAAGUGUUUCUUCAUCCCAACAUUGUUUGGAGGGGGUAGGGGAGGGACAGUCGCGGCAUCCAAGCGGUUAGAGAAGUGCAUAUUAUGCUACAUCUGAACAUUUGAUAAGUUAAGGAUGUGGAAGGAAGGUUUUUCAUAACCGUUCCGAGGAUUUUUGUCCUCCAUUGUAGGCCAUAAUUAGUUCUUCGUAAAAUUAUUUUACAGCCUGUGGAGAGUGGCGCGAAAUGGUGGGUGGGCAAAGAAAAUAAUAAAAUAUAAAAUAAAAAAAAGAGGAAGUAAGGAAGAGGAAAGGGGAUGAGAGUCGAUCAAUAAUCCCCACUAUCUGAACGCUUCAUUUGUAACGAAAAAGGAAAUGACCUACUCCACGUCAACACCUCUUUUUGUCUGUUUGUUUAUACAGAUACCUCAAGAUUUUCCGCUCGACAAGGCUUGUCUCCUCGGUUGCGGUGUGCCCACUGGAUAUGGUGCUGCAGUUAAUACAGCUCAGGUAACGAAACACACGUUACACAAUGCACCUUACGUGACAUAUAUUGAUGAACACAAGCUAGAGAGACUAAUAGGACAUUAUACUCUCUUGCAAUUCGACUAGUGACUAUUUGUUGCCUUGUCAACUUUGCUACAAGUUACGAAGCGAUCAUUUUUGUUCUUUUUUCUGGGUGAAGCCUGGGUCGAGUGUGGCCGUGUGGGGACUGGGAGGAGUUGGGCUUUCUGCAGUGAUGGGUUGUAAAGCUGCUGGUGCCGCGAGGAUAAUUGGGAUUGAUAUUAAAUCUGAUAAAUUUCCUUUAGGUUGGCGGUACUUAGUAAACAAUAUCUUGAUCACUAAUUAACGAUGCUUAAAAUUUACCGCCUUCCAAAAAUAGUUAUUAGGGAGUUUAAGCAAACGUCGUUUCUGAGUGACGCACUUCAAUCGAAAGUGGACUUUUUGCUUUACUAGGCAUUGGUUUUGCCCACAUUUUCGAGCCUGUGCCUGCAGUAUGUAAGAGUAAAGAGACUUAGCAAUACAAAUUUGGCAGCGUCAAGGAUAUUGAUAAGGAAAAGGCCUCACCUCCAGUUGAUGAGCGUCCCUCGAAAACGUCUUUGCUGUAGUUCCCUAAUAUCGUACAGGAUGCAGCAUUCGACAUUGCUGUUCACAGAGGUCUCCUAGACACGUUUCAGAUAAUUAUCAGGCAUAUGAAAAUGAACAUCUAAAAUGGCAGCGCCGUCUCCAAGAGACCUCAAGAGCUAUAAUGACCCAUUAUGGCUGUUGGAGACUUAAAACAGUGUCCCAAGUAGUACUUGCUAGCGAAACACAUUAGCACUAGAUUACAUUCAUGUAGGGAAGUAGGUAUAUUCUUCAUUAUUGUCAUUUUGCGACCAUGUUUUUCUUUAUAAAAUCAUUAGCCGGUAGACUAAAAAGGCGCAUUUUUGUAAUAAGCCAAUGCGCCUUUAGUUAAGAUGUGCUGUAAUAAGUUUCUCUUUUUCAGCAAAAGAGUUGGGCGCAAGUGAGUGCAUGAACCCUAAUGAUUAUGAUAAACCUAUCCAGCAGGUUUGUUCUAAUAAUACUAAUAAUAAUAAUAAUAAUAAUAAUAAUGAUAAUAACAAUCUUUAUAAUAUUUGUUCAUUUGUAACUCGCAAAUUCAACAACGUUUUCAAAUGCGCCUAAUAUCAAAGUACGAACUUGAAAUAUUAAUAGCUGAGUAGAGUGAACUGAGAGCUGAAAAGAGUGAACAUUUAUAGGCUAUGUUGACACUAUACUGGAUAUCUUCUCGUGGCGCCGCGGAAUGCUAUCAGUCCGGUAUAGUAUGAGCACCUAUCCGAUAUGGACUCUCCACUUUAGAGAUCGUCACGGCGCAGCGUCGCUCCGUCACAGAAAAUCGCGCCGCCACUAACCGUUUUUGUGUUUGAACAAAAGCAAUAUACGGUAUGAUUUUCGUGGCGGCCCAAAAGCUAUCUGGUGUUACAGUAAUAUGGCAUCCCCCUAACCCUAACCCAAAUCGCCAAGGUAAUAUGAGAAGGGGAUGCCCAUAUCACUAGGGUUUUGGGAAUGGGACGCCUAAAACGCGAGGAUGCCCUGAUGACUGUAACAGCAGAAAUAACGUCGUCAUGUGAAAGCACUCUGUAUCAUGCGUGAUAUCGCAGGUUAAGAGCGGUUCGGGUCUGAGAACUGAUUGUCCUGUGAUUUACACUGUGUGCAGAGCCCUGCAUGUAUGUCUUUUAACUUGUCUCUCAUUUUUUUUUUAUCUCCCAUUGGCCUUAGGUCUUAACGGAAAUUACUCAAGGAGGACUGGACUUUACGAUUGAAUGCAUUGGAAAAGUUGAAACCAUGGUUAAGAUUUAUUUGUGUUGUUUCGUCUCUACCUGUCUACCAAUAUUUGGUUGUUGACUGCGAGCAUUGUUCAAAGAUUAACAAAAUUUAUUUAUUAAACGAGUGAUCAAUAAUCAGAGUAAAGAAAAGUGAAACUCGUUCCAGGGCGCGCCCCGGCCCCUCCCUUUUUUAGGGAAAAGCCCCGGGUACGAGGUUGUAGAUGAGUACUUUCCAUCAUUCUAUCACAAAUCUGAAAUGCAGACACAUUUUCUGAGGGGGGUUGAGUAAGUGCUCGGGCUCCUGCGUUUCGCAGUCUCCAUCUUUAAAGCAGAGGAUGGCUGGGCUGGGCAUAAAGGUGAAAAGACCGAAGUACAGGAUGGGGCUUCUUCCCGCGCUUACAUGUCUUAACCCCAGAAAAUGCGUGCAAUGCACGUUAACGCACUAAAUGAGUCUAUGAUCUGUUAUACUUUACUUGUAUUCUCGCCCAUUUUUUGCUUUAGUAUCACUUCUUCUUUCCCCGGACGCAAUUAUUCUUUGAGCUGUGUUAUAUAUUCUCUGAAUUUCUAGCGCGCGGCAUUUGAGGCAAGUCACGUGGGUUGGGGAACAACUGUUAUAGUUGGCGUCGCACAAGAACAACUAUCAGUAAAUCCCGAUCAUUUGCUGACGGGAAAGAAUAUAAUCGGAUCAAUCUUUGGAGGUAUGAAUCAACGUUAAUCAUAAUCACUUUGUUUUGAAUGACAUCGUAAGACAGCAGAGACUUUUAGAUUCGAGGCAUGAAUCAUCAUUGUAAUGACAGACCAGCAAGGAGCGAACCGCCUUGCCUUUAAAUAAAGUGGCCACGUGUGCAUGCUGCAGUGUCGUGCAUAAAAGCGCAUACUCUUGCAAUUGUUUCGAUGUCCAACACUGUAUGAAAAUCUAGUUAUCUUAUAGAAUACAAGCUUUUCAAGGCCUGCAAGGUUAUGUCACUGAAAAAAAGGCAUAUAAUAAAUACCCCAUCGUUUUCUCAUUACUUGAUUUAACUUACAGGUCCUUGUUUUUUAUUUUUCUUGAUUGACGGCAAUCACGGUAAAAAACGAUCGGGCCAUAAUUUGAAUUACAGACCUUCAAACCGGAUAAAAAAAGGCAUUUCUAUCUUUCUUUCAUGUUUUGUUGUUUGGAGGAUGUGUUGCACACGAGAUUAUCCCUAAACUAUCAGAGGAGUAUAUGGCUGGAAAAAUGAAUCUUGAUAAACUUAUAUCGCAUACAAUGCGACUGGAAAAAAUAAAUGAAGCUUUUGAUCUCAUGCAUGCUGGAAAAAGGUUUGUUUCCUCAAGAUGCAUUCUAUUGUUGAAGUAA